AAGUAACCCUCCCAGUUUCGAUCCUUAGCCAAGCGACCCCGUCUUGUCCCUCUUCGUUCUAAGAGCUCUCUCUCUCUCUCUCUCUCUCUCUCUCUCUCUGUUCUGUCUGGGUACGAGAAAGUGUGGUUUUUCUCGGUUCGUGCUUGGAAAAUAAAUCUGAAAUCUUUGCAAAUUUUUUAUUUUUUUGUUUGAAUUGGCGGGUAAAAGAUGUCGGGUAAGGGCGCAAAGGGCCUGAUUAUGGGCAAGACCUCAGCUGCUAACAACGCUAACAAGGACAAGGACAAGAAGAAACCCAUCUCUCGCUCCUCCCGAGCUGGUCUUCAGUUCCCGGUGGGUCGUAUCCACCGUCUCCUUAAAUUGAGGACCACAGCUAAUGGGAGGGUGGGAGCUACCGCUGCAGUUUAUUCUGCAGCAAUCUUGGAGUAUCUGACAGCAGAGGUGUUGGAGUUGGCUGGCAAUGCAAGCAAGGAUCUGAAGGUGAAACGUAUCACGCCCAGGCAUUUGCAGCUUGCUAUCCGUGGUGACGAAGAGCUUGAUACUCUGAUCAAAGGUACCAUCGCUGGUGGAGGUGUGAUCCCGCACAUUCACAAAUCACUUAUCAACAAGUCAUCCAAGGAGUAGCUUGCUUACAAAUGAAAUAUGGCUGCAGAGGUGUGUGCCAUCUCUUUUUGCAGGGAUAGAGAAUCUUCCUAUGACUAACAUCAUGGGGUUACUUCUCUUCCUGGUACUUGAGCAAGGUCAUAACCAUAAUGUGCUUUAAUUUGUUGUUAUUUGUAGUUGAUGAUGUAGUUUUUGGACUAAUCUGUUUCGGAUGAUGUUAUUGUGGGUAAUGUCAUUGUAUGGCAAAUAUUUUUUUUUUCUUAAUUAAAACUUAGGAUUAAAAAAAAUAAAUAAAUCUGGUUCUCAUUGUACUA